AUGCCGUCAUUAUUUAGUAGGAAAAAUCCACAAGGAUAUGUUUACCUUCGCACUAACUUUGGUGAUUUUUCUGUAAAGUUGCUUAUCACACGUAAAGGUCGGGGACGUCUUUGUUGUGGUAGAUUCUUGGAAUUCAUUCGAAGUAGUGGUCUGGUUUCUGGAUCCAAAUUUCAUAUCAUAGUAGUUGAGGACUACAUACUAAAAUUUAUCACCUAUGAUCAUUGGGGGGUUCAAAAUUUUGAUUAUUGCCGUCAACCUAUAUUACCAGGAGGUGUACGAUUUUUUCUUGAAAUAGUUGAUGGCUCUUAUGAUAAAGCGUUGAUAUCGAAAACAUUUUGGUCGUAUUUUAUGUUUACAAGACCUCAUGAUCGUUUCAUGGUGGAUGAUGGUGAGGUCAUAUGGCAUUUUGAUUUGGCAAGGGAUUCUGGUGAGAUUGUUGGUUUUAGUGGAAUGCAAUGGCAAACUUUCUAUGGAUCUUGGGAUAUUAACGUUGGAUAUCAUGUUGUGAUUUCUUUGACCGGCGAUAAAUUCUUCCGUGCUACAAUUUUUUAUCUUACUGGAUUCUCGGUGCAAAAUUCUUAUGUAUCUUCUGAUUUGUCCAAUGGUGAUGAUGAUGAACCUUUCUCAAUGUUUCCCUAUGUUCGUGAUAAUUUUUAUCAUUAUCACCUCGAUGAACAGCCAGUCCCAACUUACUUGGUUGUUCGUCAUGGUUUAAUGGGGAAAUCAAAAACUCUUCUGUUUUAUGAUGGAUAUCCCAAAACUUUUGAUAUGGAUCUUCACCACGGUGAUUUUGAAGUAUAUUACAACGAUCAGGCUGUCCGUGCAGUUAAUAUUCACUGCAAUUGGUUUGGGUUUUUCAAGAAAACUAAUAUAAACAUGGGCACUAGGCUUAUAAUAUCGAUUGAAAGCAACUUAUUUGAGGAAGAUUCAUCAGUUUUGGUUCUCUCUGUAAAACAGUUCAAUCGAUUUGACGAUCUUGAUUGAAAUUGUUCUUCGUUGAACUUUGAUCUUGGUUUUAAUUUGGACAUUAUUCUUCUAUUUUUAGUUUUUUUCCGUAGAGAUUAAUUUAAUAUUUUGGUAAUAUAAGC